AUGGAGAAACAGACCAGCCUAGCCAUUUUCUCUGGUGGAUUUGCAAAUGUCUUGGAAGAACAGUGGCAAGUCGAUGUGCAGCUCAAGGCAGGGGACAGUGACGAUGGUGCAACUAUCUCCGCCCACAAACUUGUUCUGGCCGCAAGAUCUAAGGUGUUUAGGAAGAUGCUGGAGCAGGAUGAGUCCAAAGCUUCGUUAGGAAUGGAGAUAAUCACUCUCUCAGAGAUGAAACACGAAGAGGUAAAAGCUUUGGUUGAGUUCUUGUACAGUGAUGGCACCAUGCCUUGUGAAGAAAUGCAUGCUCGGUCACUCUAUCUCGCGGCCGAUAAGUAUGAGAUUCCACAUCUACGAAAUCUAUGCAGAAACCAGCUCAUAUCUUCUUUAAAUUUGUCUAAUGCUCUUGACAUUUUGGAGCUUGCCCAAAUCCCUUUCGACAACGCCCUCAACGACGCUGCAUUAGUGUUUAUCAAAACAAAUAUAUCAAAAAUUGUUAGCUCGGAUGAGUUGAAGUUGUUUGCAGCCAGUAACCCAAAUCUUACAAUAGAGAUAAUGAAGGCUUCGUUUAAACGGACUAGAAACAACGAUUACUAUUACUGUUAUAGCUGUGGCCGUUGGUAG